GUUUGGUUGGCGAGCUGAGACUGAGGUAGCAAUCAACCUGUCUCCCUUUCCCGGCUGUCAUAUGCCACCAAUUAUGCACCAAUUACCCGGUCCCAAGAGAUAGACGAACCCUAGAACGGCAGGAUAUGGAGGGUGAAUGGCGAGGUCCAUGGACAGGCCGAGAUUCUCCUCCCGAUAGGAGCCAACGUCGACACUGAGUCGAGGCCUUUAUGUGGAUCUUCAGCAUAUGCAGAAUUUUUAUUAUUUGGCUCCUACCUCGCUACCUUACCUCCGGGGCUACCUACAUAAUGCCUACUUUUCCAGCACCUCGCUUACUGCUAACGGCUUCGACUCUUCAAGAAAACAACAAACUUUCAAGAGCCAAGUUUACACCAUGAAUCUCACACACUCCCUCCUCCAUCUUUCCCUCCUCCUCUCCUCCGCCCUCCUGGCAGCCGGCGACUCCCCCCCGCCCCAACUCCCCGUGAUCUCGAGCAUCGCAUCGGAUAGCCCGCAGCAAUGCUCGCCGGGGCAGGACAUGUCGAUCACCUUCCUACCGGACGUGCUUCGUCUCGAGCUGCGGGGCAUGGCGCUGGCGCCGGGGGGCCACGGCCGGACGGACGAGAACGCCGUGUGCCAGUUCACGGCGGAGUUCGGCUCCUGGUGGUACCGGUACCGGUUCGCGCUCGCGAACGUCACGUACCGGGGCCACUUCGAGGCCGACGACGGCGUGCAGCUGCACGAGCUUGCUGCUAGCGCUGUUUUCAGGUACGAGAACAGAAAGGUAAACCCCGAGAGGGCGCCGCCGGAUGUGUGGAAUGUGUCGAUGGCUACGAUGAUCGACAACACAGCCCAAGCAGCCAUAGGCGGCUCGGGCGUCUUCAACGACGACUUCUCCGUCAGCGCCCCAGCGUCCGCUGACCUCGAGUGGUCGACGUGCAUGGACGGCGGCGAGGGUACCGGGGACGCGAAGACGAAGAUUUUGUUCAUCCUUACGGCGACGACAAGCGACAAGACCGGCGAAGGUACCGGUAAGCUGACGGGAGGCAUGACGUUUGACUUUGGCGUCGUCUGGGAGGCGUGCACGCCGGACCGCGCGGUCAAGAAUGCUUGGGGCCAGAAGAGGAUCGACGACUGGUCUGUCUGCACGUAUAACGACACUAGCUUAAGUUCGAGUGCGGUACCACGGGCCUUGGGGGCGGGCUAGACUCGCUGGGUUGACGCUGGAAAGGGUAGAGGCAAGGUGUGAUUUCGGUUGCUAAGUGCAUGUUGUUG